AUGUCUCAAUCCCAUGCUUGCUGCACGGUCCCUCCGGUCGUCAGCGAUGGCUACAAGGAGAAGGGCGAAUACAUCACUGUCGACGGCAUGAAGACAUACGCUACUGGCCCGAAAGAUGCGAAAACUGCAAUUCUGGUCGUCUAUGACAUCUUCGGCUUCUUCCCCCAAACUCUCCAAGRCGAGGUCGCGCUCAUGAUUCUUCCCAAAACAGGUGCCGAUAUCCUCGCAUAUGGCGACAACGACCACAAGCGCCGCGUUUUUAUGCCAGAUUUCUUCGAAGGAAGCCCAGCGGACAUCUCCUGGUACCCACCAGACACUGAUGAGAAGGGCAAGAAGCUUGGAGAAUUUUUCAGCACCACGGCGGCACCCCCAAAGACCAUUGGGCGUAUUCCAAAGGUUCUCGAUGAGAUUCAGUCUCAGGAGUCCUCUAUCAGCAAGUGGGGCGUCGUUGGCUAUUGCUGGGGAGGAAAGGUAGUCAACCUUUCGACCCAGGCUGGAACACGUUUCUCGGCAGCGGCAUCGUGCCAUCCAGCAAUGGUUGACAAGGAUGACGCUCCUGGAGUCUCCAUCCCCUUCGCUAUGCUUCCUAGCGGGGAUGAACCAAAGGACGAUGUGGAGGCUUGGAAUGCCGCUAUCAACCCCAAGGUAAAGGACCAGAGCCUCGUUCAAUGGUGGCCAAACCAGGUCCACGGCUUCAUGGCCGCUAGGGGUAACCUCGAGGACCCCGCUGUCGAGGCUGACUACAAGAAGGCGUACAACUUGUUACUCAACUUCUUCCACGAGAACCUGUGA